AUGGGUCUUCAGACCCAAUUCUUGGGUCUUUGGACCCAAUUGAUGGGUCUUCAGACCCAAUUCUUGGGUCUUUGGACCCAAUUGAUGGGUCUUCAGACCCAAUUCUUGGGUCUUUGGACCCAAUUGAUGGGUCUUCAGACCCAAUUCUUGGGUCUUUGGACCCAAUUGAUGGGUCUUCAGACCCAAUUCUUGGGUCUUUGGACCCAAUUGAUGGGUCUUCAGACCCAAUUCUUGGGUCUUUGGACCCAAUUGAUGGGUCUUCAGACCCAAUUCUUGGGUCUUUGGACCCAAUUGAUGGGUCUUCAGACCCAAUUCUUGGGUCUUUGGACCCAAUUGAUGGGUCUUCAGACCCAAUUCUUGGGUCUUUGGACCCAAUUGAUGGGUCUUCAGACCCAAUUCUUGGGUCUUUGGACCCAAUUGAUGGGUCUUUGGACCCAAUUGAUGGGUCUUCAGACCCAAUUCUUGGGUCUUUGGACCCAAUUGAUGGGUCUUUGGACCCAAUUGAUGGGUCUUCAGACCCAAUUCUUGGGUCUUUGGACCCAAUUGAUGGGUCUUCAGACCCAAUUCUUGGGUCUUUGGACCCAAUUGUACCUGUGGGCCACAGAUACUUGCCUCUUGCACCCGGGUACCCGCCAUUCACACCCAGUUACCCGCUCCGCAGUUGAAAGCAUCCAAAUUCAGUCAACAUCAAUUGAGACAUGUACUUGA